CGGCAGUGAACUCUCCACCUCAGAGACAAACCGGGAGAGACGCACGGCAGACAAGACAGGAGCGGUGCAGCAGGAUCCAGAUGACCCUUUUCUCAUCUCUUGUGGCGCCCUCAGUCAAAACUCAGAUACAAUGCACUGCCAUUUUGGAAGCUGCCAAGUCACAGCCUGCAUUGAUUCCCAAAACUGGGGUUAACUACAAAAGAUCGAAAAGUUGGAAGACUACUAUAAGGAACAAUUAUCUUACGCCUUCCCUUUAUGGUUGCUUUAUGUUGUAUAUAUAACAAUGUGCAGAUAAAGGUAUAUUAUUAUUUUUGUUGCCCACCUACAAAGCUGAGUAGCACUGACUGACCACUGUUUGACACCCAGGUCAAAUUUAAAGACGUAAUUAAGGGUGAAGAUUGCGCAUCAGGAAAAAACAGUUCAAAUAGCUCAGAAGUUAACAGAGUUUUGUUUAACAGCCACAAAAGUGUUCAAACAUGGCCAGGGCUACUACUCUGGAAGUGGCAGACAUCAUUGUUGUAGCAAUCUACUUCAUCCUGGUGCUAGCGAUUGGCUUUCUGGCCAUGUGGAAAGCCAAUCGGAGCACAGUGAGCGGCUACUUCCUCGCAGGUCGCUCCAUGAAUUGGGCGGCCAUAGGAGCCUCUCUAUUUGUCAGCAACAUAGGAAGUGAGCAUUUUAUUGGGCUUGCUGGAUCUGGUGCAGCUAGUGGGUUCAGCGUGGCUGCAUGGGAAUUCAACGCCCUAUUGUUACUCCAGUUGUUAGGCUGGAUGUUUAUCCCUGUCUAUAUUCUGUCUGGAGUUUACACCAUGCCAGAGUAUCUGUCCAGACGGUACGGAGGGAGGCGACUGAAGGUGUAUUUCGCCGCAUUAUCUCUGAUCCUCUACAUCUUCACCAAGUUGUCCGUGGACCUCUAUGCAGGGGCCUUGUUUAUCAAGGAAUCUUUAGGGUGGAACCUCUAUUUGUCAAUCAUCCUGCUCAUCACCAUGACUGCUUUGCUGACAGUCACCGGAGGUCUGGUUGCCGUCAUCUACACCGAUACAGUCCAAGCAUUCCUGAUGAUCGCUGGAGCGCUCUGUCUUACCAUCAUCAGCCUCUUCAAAGUGGGAGGACUUGAAGGCAUGAUGAUCAAGUACAUGCAGGCCACUCCAAACAUCACUGCCAUUUCGCAGUCUUUUCCCAACCUGACGGACCCUGAAUCCUGCCACCUCCACCUCAACCCGAAGCCAGAUGCGCUGAAGAUCCUACGAGGCCCAAGGGAUCCAGACCUGCCCUGGCCUGGUUUUCUGCUGGGCCAGACUCCUGCUUCUAUUUGGUACUGGUGUACUGAUCAAGUGAUUGUCCAGCGAGUUCUGGCAGCCAAGAACAUCGCCCACGCCAAAGGUUCUACCCUCAUGGCUGGCUUCCUGAAAAUCCUCCCUAUGUUUAUCAUUGUCAUCCCAGGGAUGAUUUCCAGGAUCCUCUUUGCCGAUGAGUUGGCGUGUAUCAGUCCAGAGCACUGCAUGGAAGUGUGCGAGUCCGCGGCUGGCUGUAGCAACGUGGCCUACCCGCGGCUCGUCAUGUCCGUGAUGCCUGUUGGUCUCCGCGGCCUGAUGAUGGCGGUCAUGAUCGCAGCUCUAAUGAGCGACUUGGACUCCAUUUUCAACUCAGCGAGCACCAUAUUCACGCUGGACAUUUACAAGAUGCUACGGAAGCGGGUGUCACCCAGAGAGCUGGUGAUAGUCGGCAGACUGUUUGUGGUUUUUAUGGUGAUCAUCAGCAUUGCCUGGGUGCCAGUAAUCAUUGAGAUGCAGGGAGGCCAGAUGUUCUAUUACAUCCAAGAAGUAUCAGAUUAUCUGACGCCACCCAUAGCUGCUCUCUUCUUGCUUGGUGUCCUGUGCCAUCGCUGCAAUGAGACGGGUGCCUUUUGGGGUGGGAUGGUAGGGUUUGCACUCGGAGCACUGCGACUGGUGCUGGCGUUUGUUUACCGUGAACCACACUGCGACCAGCCUGAUGAGCGGCCGUCUUUCAUCAAAGAUGUCCAUUUCAUGUAUGUGGCAGCCAUCUUGUUUUGGGUGUCAGCCUUGGUGACUGUUGUUGUGAGUCUCUGCACUCCUCCCCCGAGAAGAGAACAAAUAAGAACAACUACUCUGUGGGGGUUAAACAAGAGAAAGAGGCUAAAACAGCAAGGAAAAGCUGCAGAAGACACCAAUACUCUUAAGCCUCUUAACCAAGAAACCUUAAAUGGAAACUGUUUGCUUGGUAAAGAAAAGUCUGAAGACCAGCCAAACAAGCUCCAUGGCAUUGAGCCCAAUCAUGAAAAUGCUCAACCAAGCAAUGGUCAUGCUAUCACAGCCACUAACAUGGAAACCCAACAUCCAGUUCAGAACGGUUGCUAUGCACUGAGAACUGAUCCCAAAAUGGUAGAGGAAGGAGAAGGGCGAGGAGUGAGGGAUUGGGAGGAGGAGGAGGGCUGCUUUGGAGGACGGGAAGUGGAGGGUGGGAGGUGUUUGAAGGUUUUAGAGUGGUUCUGUGGUUUCCAUGAGAAACCAUCCAAAGCUCAGGUCAUUACAGUUCAGGAACAGGAGAAGAUUGUGGAUGAGCUUCUCUACGAACCUCCACGAGCCAGAAUCAUCCUGAACACAGGACUGGUGGUGAUUUGCUCUGUAGGGAUCUUUCUCUUUAUCUAUUUCUCCUUAUAGGCUCCAUUAAGCAGCGGAUCAUGUUUUAUCCUACAGUUUUUUUUUCUCCACUUUUCUUUUUCACAGUAUGGUGAACAGGAAUACCGCUCGUCUGCUUCAGGAGAACAUCAUUAAAUUAUAGCUCUUCUUUUUAUACUGUGGUAUUUUCCAUGUAACCUACACAACAAAAACAUCAUGUUACAUAGAUUAUUUGUUAAAAGAAAUACACAAAAACAAGAUUGGUCCCAUUGGUAACACUUUAGCAUGCCGUAGACCAACUUUACAAAAAGUGACAGUUUCCUAAAGCUGAAGGAUACUUUUGUCAUUGAAGUUACAGCAUACAGGCCUAUAACUUUAUGACUGCACAUCCAAAUCCAAAUCGUAACAAGUUACAAGUUCUCAACUAAAUUCUUAACUGAAUUUACAUUUGACUGUGACAUACAUUCUUUUGUUGUGUACAGAUACAGUAAUAUAUUCUUGAAUUUGUCCCCAUGGGGAUGUUUUCACGAUAUGAAAAUUCAUAGUGAAUGUGAAAUCUGCAGUGACUUUGCCUUAAUUUUCAUUUUACUGGAAAUGUGUAACUUAUCCUAUUAUGUUUUCUUUUUUGUCUUUUGUAUUUAAACGGGCAGUCGUUUUCAACACAUCAGAGAGUAUGAGAGAAUAUCUUGUUAUUAUCGCACAUACACAUGAAGCGUGUUGUAGGCGAUCUGCUCAUGCUCAAAGUGUUCAAAAACAAUACAACAUGUUUUGUAGACCUCAAGCGGUGUCUUCCACUCAUGUAGUUUAAAGUUUUAGAAACGUAAUUUUGAAUGAUGUUAUUAUGUUUAUUUGUAAGAAAUGAUAUUAGGCCUGAUUACAGAUGUGAAGGGGAGCGCUUUGCAUAAAUUACAACCUAUUCUAUGCAAGAGAAACUGAUCAAGUCAAGCCUGUUGUGGAUUUUCUCAGGAAUAAUCUGAGGUGCCAGUUCUAGAUUGUCUUCCUACAUUUUGACACUUCUUACACCAUCUGUUUUGCACAAUAAAAAUAAGGAUGGAAC